AUGUACAAUCAGAUAACAAAAUUUAUUUUGAAAUUAAAUUAUCUAUUAUUUGAAAUGGCUGAAAAAAUUGUUUCCUUUCUUGAGAGACUUGUUGAAAAUUAUUUAGAUUUGUUUAAUGAUGCAUGUUAAUAGCGAAAUCAAUCAGCCUUGUAAUUAUUCAGAAUUGCAAUUAUAAUUAAUGGUUUAUAAGAAUUGUCAUUAAUGGAAGAUGAUUCUCAUUAGAGUGACACAAAGUAUUUAAUAAUAAAAAUUUUCUAGACUUUUUUAUUCCAGUUUAAAAGAAUCUCUGCCAACUACUUAAUUAAUUGGAUUUAAAAGCUCUUCUACUCUAGUAUAACUUUUAAUUACACAUAUUAUCAUGAACUUAUUUAUUUUUGGAAACCUUUAAUUUAUAAAAAAACAGUCAUAUUUCCACACAGUAACCUUAUCUGUAAUAUUGGUUGAAAACUACAUUCUUUUGUAUCCUACCCUAAAGUCAAUUUUUUAUUUUAAUAAAUUAUAAGCGGACUACAAGAAUUAUUUAAUUUCGAUUUUUAAUUUAAUAAUGUACUUAUAAAUAAUACUAACCUAAUAUUCAUGGAGACAAACUAAAUUAAUUGAUUUAUAAGGUUUAAUAAGAACAAAUAAUAUUAAGUUAGAAAUAUUAUGUCAUUUAAUUUUAAUUUUAUCUGUAGGUUUGAAUGAACUCUCUAAAUUUAGUUCUUAUAUAUUAAUAAUGAUAAAAUAAAUAAUCAAGUUAGGAAUGAGUUUUGAUACAUAUAAUCACAACAGUGUAUUUUUGAUUUAUUAUAAUGUUAUAUAAAUCAUCUUUUUAACAGCAAUGUCAUUUAAUAUCGAAAUGAUUUACACACUUUUAAUAUUAAGUUUUGCUCUAUAAUUAAUUUUUAAAUUUGAAUCUCUAAUUUUUGAAUAGCAUUUACUUUAAUUUGAAAUAUCUCUUUAGAAAUGCUAAAUUUAUGAACUUGUAUUUAAUUAAUCAGAAAAUACUUCAAAGAUUUUGUUAUUAUAAUCCUUGUUGCAAAAAAGUUUUUUAUAAAAUUAAAAAGUCAAAAUUUAAAAAAAUUAACCUAUUUUUGCCUUUACUAAGUAAUAGGAUAUGCUUUAUUAGUUAAUUAAAUAAUCUCAAUUUAAACAGAAAAUGUUGAUUUAAAUUUUAUGCAAUUAUGAUUAAUAAGCUAAACCUUAGAAAACACUUAUUUAAUUUAUGAAAUAUUAUAAAAUAUAGAAUAUAUAUGAUAAAGCAUAUGUCUAAUAAUUUCAAAAACAAUUAAACUACUUAAUUAAUAUCAAUUAAUUCUACUUUAAUGGAAGAGUUUAGUCUAUAAAUAUUAUGGAUAAUUAAACAAUCGUAUCUUCCCUUGUAAAUAGUGAAAUUGCUAUUGCUUUUAUUGAAAAAGUAGUUUAAAGUAAAAUAAUUUUAUUAGAAUCCUUAAGAAAAGGAUUUUAGUAAUAAAUUGAAAUUUUAAAUCUGGUUGAUGAUUAUACCAAUAAUAUCUUUUCAUGUAGAAAUUUUAUUUAAUAAUACUAUGAACUAAAUAAAUAUAAAUUAAGAAAGUGCCAAAGUUCAGAUAUUUUAAGCUUAAGAAUCUUAUAAAUAUAUUUUGGAAUCAUUUUGAAUGAUAUUAAAGAGGUAUUUACCUUUAAAAUAAUAGAGUAAAAUUAUUGAAAAGUUAAUUGAAGAUUUGAUAAAGUCUGAAAAAACAUAAUAAGACACAACAAUAAACAAUUAGAUUCUACUUCAAAGUAUAUGAUUCAAAUAUUCUAAAUAGACCGUUAUUUGGUAUUACAUACUAGUUUAAUUAAUUAAAGAGGAAAAUUGAUUAAUUGCAAUAAAUAAUAUAUUUCUUAAUUUUUUGGAUGCUCUUUAGAAUUUUUACAAAACUAUUAAUAUAUACAUGAAUUCAUGCCUGAUUUUAUAGCUUAAGUUCAUGAUGAAAUAAUUGAUUGUUUUAUAGAUACUGGAUAUACUUAAUUAAUGAAAACUGGAAAAUUAACAUUUAUAUAAGAUCCUUAAAAUUAUUUAAUACCAGUUUAUAUUCAUUUGUACAAUCCUAAUACAUAAGAUGAUUACACUUUAUAUUCUAUAUUAACAACCUAAUUUUAAUAGUAAGAAUAUGUUGUAUUUGAUUCAGAAGGUAAAAUUUAAGGAAUUUCAAGAAAGUUUUUUGAGUUUACAAAAUUAUUAAAGUCAUCUUAUCAAGAUAUUAACAUUUUUGAUAUUAUUAAUAGAGGUAGUAGUAUAUUGUAUUAUAUUCCUAAUGUCACAAAUUUGAUAAAAGAUUUAAAAAAUAAUAUAGAUCAUUUUGUAAAUAAUUCUUUAAACAAUAUAAAAUCAUAUUGGUAAUAUCCUGAUAAUCAUUUAGAAUGUAUAUCAUAAACUUAAUCAUUAAUUAAUUACUCUUAAAGGAUGGAAAUAGAAAAAAAUUUGAUUUUAGGAUAAAAUAUCAAAUUAUUAGACAAGGUUUAUCAAGAAUCUUUUAUAAAUGCAAUAAAAAAAAAGUAUAUCAAUUAAGAUUAAUCAGAAAAUUAUAUUGAAUUGUUACAUAAUUUUUAAAUUUAUUUAGUUAGAGAUCAUGUAUUUUUUUUGAUAACAAUUAAAGAGUAUAAAUUAACUGAUUUUUCAAAGACAUACACGUCUAAUUCGAUACGUUAAGUUUAAAAUCCUUUUACAUCAUUUUCUACACCAUUUACUUAAUUUGAUUAAUAGAUGUCUGAGAAAUAGUUAACGACAGAAAAUGGUACAAUAUAAGAUAUUAAAUAAUUUUGUACUUUUUAACAUUCUUAAAUAAUUGAAAAAUUAUUCAAAGAUGAUGAUAUGAGUGGAAGAUUUGUAAUGGAUAUUACUUAAAAAUAGUAAUUGAAUGCAAGUCAUAAUUAAUCAAAAUUACCUUUUUUAUCAAAAAGAGAUACUUUAUCAAAUAGAUAGUUAUUACAAACUGGACAAACAUCCAUAAGGAUGGUUUAACCAUAAUUUUAUUUACCAUCAGUAGAUUCAAAAAAAAAAAUUGAAGAUUAUUAGUUAUAUGAACUUGAAGAGGAUAUGAAAGAAAUUGCAGUUAUGGAGAGUGUUAAAUAAAUUUAAGUGGUUUAAAUGGAAUAAGUGAUUGCUAUUGAUAAAGAUGAAAAGAACUUUUUUAAUCGUUAUGAUAGUAAUGUUAAUGAUGAUUCAAUUAAAUAAUCUGAAAAUUUAAAUGAAACCUAAGUUUAAGCUUUAGUUUAAAGUUAGGUACAAUAAGGUUCUUAAUUGUAAAUGAUUUAAUCUAUUGUAAAUUUUAAUGGAUCUAUGAAAAUGGUAAAUAUUGGUUUAAUUUUAAAUCUAUUUUUGGCACUCUGGGUUUUUAUAAUGCUUUUUGUGAAUAGCUAUUUGGUAAAUAAUGAAAUAUAAACCUAUUUUCAUUAACUUACAAAUAGUAUUGCUUAUUAAAGUUUAUAAUUUUAUGUUGGUGUACCUUAUACAUUAAUGUUGUAAUUAUUAUUAAAUGAUAAUGGAAUCUUUAAUUUAAGUCCUGCAUUGUUGAAAAAUACAAUUAGUAAAAUACCAUUUUUUUAUGGAUUUUCAUAAAUAUAACAGUCUCAAUUUUAAGAGAUAGUUUGCAGUUAACCAAAAUAUUAUGCUGAAUAUUUUGAUAAUAUUAAUGAUUGCUCUAAUUAUUUUAUACAAUUUCAUACUGCUAUUUUAGAAUCAUAUCGAUAAUAUGAAAUAGAUGAAAAUUUUGAUUAUGGAAUAUUUAAAAAUAAUUCAUUUCAUAGAAGUUAAUCAUUUUAUGUUUAAAAAAUACUUUUAGAUACUUUAACCAAUUUUAUUAGUUCUUUCUAAAAAGUUACACUAAAGGAUACAUUCUUAGUAUUACUUAUGAUAAAUCUAGUAUUUGUUACAAUAAUUUAUGUUUUAUAAUUUCAAAUGACAAAAUCUAAAUAAAAUUUAAAGCAGAAGUUUUAUUAAAUUUUAAAUAGAUUGUCAUUUGAUGAAAUAGUUGAAUUGAUUGCUAGAUUUAGUUGUUUUAAAGUAGCUUUAGGAGAAAAUACAUGGAAAUUAAUCAAUUAUUAUGAUAUGAUAAAUUACAAAAGCAUAAUCAAAGAGAAAUCUAACUAAAAUAAUCAUAAAAAAUACAUUUAAUUAAAUGACUCUAAACUUAAAAAAAGAACAGAUUUAUUUCAAAUAAUGACAAUAUCUUUAUCAUUCUGUUGUUGGAUUAUCUAUUUUGUUUUAGGUUUCCUUCUUUUUUAUUUUUUAUUUUAAGAAUUUGCUCCUAGUUUUAGAAUUGCAUAAAAUUUUGUUGCUUAUAAAUAAAAACUUGAUAUGUCUAUAUGUAUUGGAUUUUGGAUUAAAACUGAUCCUUUAAGUAAUAUGAAAAGGAAUAUAUAAGAAUAAUAAUAGAUGAUUAGUUUAUUUGUGAAUUUAACAGAUAGCUUAUAGCCACUUUUAGAUGAAAUUUCAACUGAUUUAGUAAAAUCUACAUAUUUAAAUGAAGAGAAAAUGCAAAUAAUCCAACAAACUUUGAAUUUAGAUUUAUGUCCUUCUUAUUAAUAUCUCUUUUGUUAUCCAGAUAAAUUAUCAGCAUUACCUUAUUUUGAUUCUGAAUCUUAUGCCGCUAUUUUAUCUGGAGGGAUAACAGGAUUUGUUGCAUAGAUUUAUAAAUAUACAGUUUCAGAAUACACAGUAGAAAAAGAAACGCUAUAAUAUUCUCCUUAUCUUGAUUAAUUAUAAUUGUAAGUGUAAGAAUAAGUUUUUAAGAAUAUUUUUGUUUAAUACAUUUAGGAUAUUCAAUUCACUAUGUACAAUCUUUUUGCUGAAUUUAAUGAUGGUAAUUCAUAUGCUGGUGAAACUUUACUUUCUUAUAUGAAUUAUUAUAGUUUUGGGUUUGGCAUAAGGUAUAGAAUAUAUUUAUAAUUAUAGUCUCAUUAUAGUUUAUAAUUUAAUAGAUUUUAUACGGAUUAGAUAAAGUGUGAAGGAAUUAGACUAAUUAAAAUUUAUACUUUUAGUUCUUCCAGAGUAGAAAUUUGAAAACUAAAUCAUCAAAUAAAAGAUAAGUGAAAUAAGUUAAUAUUUCUUUUGA